UAUACAUCUACCCAGAAAAAUAGUAGCGGAAAAAAGUGUUUGUUUAAUUCAGGUAGUUGAAAAAAUUCUUUUAUAAUAUGAUACUAUAUAGAACUGUCAAAACUAUUUAUAGGUAAAAAAAAAAAAACAACUAUUCAGAAACCUGUCUAUGAGAAACAAGUAUGUUCUCCUGUUCUUUCAUCUCAAAAACGUUUAUUUAAUUCAGAAUCAAUGAUGAGAAAAACACCAUCCAAUCAAAAAUGUCUUGGCACUUUCAAUGAAUUAAUUUCACCAUUACCCAGUACCUCGAGUGAUUCAAGAUAUCAAAACUUGGAACUCAACGAUCCACAGCAGCUGUCUUCAUUAUCACCAAAUUUAUUUGAAGAUAUUGAUCUCGAUAUCAAUCAGUUACCGUUUGAAAUUGAGUCAGGUACUGAAAACAAUGAUGACACAUCAAAUUUAAUGUCAGUGGCAGAAGUCAACGAUUCCCAAAAUAAUUUUAUUAAUGAUAAUGGACCAUUUAACAGUCACGAAACACAGAUAUGGUUAAUUAAAUCUAUCGCUCAACUUAAAAGUGACGUUUCAAUCAUAAAAAAAUCUGUAAAUGCUAACAAUCAACUUCUAAAACAACUUCUGUUUGACAAUCAUCCAGAAAAUGAUUUAGAACUUGAUAAAUUAAUUUUACAGUUCCCUAUUGGAAAUGAAACUGUUUUAUUUGAGAUGGAAGAAAAACUGACCACUGACCAUAUUGCAAAUAAAUAUUUGAUUAAAAAAAUGUCAAAACUAAUAUCAAGUGACUACAAACAGAGUAGUUUUAGUCUAAUGAGAUUUUUAAUAACCAAUGAACUGGCAACAAAAAUGACCUUUUUUGGAAAAACAUCCAAACUAGCGUUUGGAUCAUUAAAAUUAUAUGCAAUUUUAGAAAAAGUCAUGUUGAAGAAUAAUCCUGAACUUACAGUAAAAAAAUUGCAAGAGCCAAUUCAAAGUUGGUUACGCCAUGCAAAUGAAAGAUUCACCAAACAAAAUUGCCAUGUAGAUAAUGAACAAAAUUAAAAGCUGUCAUGUGUUAAUUACUGUGUAUGUAUGUUACCUAAUUUUAAAAUUUUUAUUUACCAUAUCUGACUUAAUUUAAAUUGAAUUAUUUUUUUUUUAUUUAUGAAUUUUUUUGUAUACUUUUCU